GUGAUGAGUUUUCAACAUGGCGGAUCAUUGUUUGCGGUGAGCUCCCCGAUGUACGGAGCGUAUACAGUAUUAGAUUGUAGAAAGCGUGUAGCGUAAAAGUUAUUUAGGCUCUUAAUUAGAUGCUUAGUGUAGUAAGUUAUUCUGUAACAUAUUAGAUAUUGUGCUUGAAGCAGAUGUUUAUUGAAGAAACGGCGCAAGCAUUAUUUGUCAAGUGAAAGUAGUGUACAUACAUACAUACCUACCUAUUUACUGGAGUUGUAUACAAAAUGCUAAUUUCAUAAGUUAAAGUAUUACCGAAGAUCGUCAGGAAUUUGCGACUUUAUCGUGUACUACUAUCACCUGUAGAUGAGUGUAUUUCAAGUACAUACAUUUGUAUAGCCAGUUUUAGUAAAAAUAGUCGAAAUCGUUUACAGUCUUUGAAAUAUGGUGUAUUUACAAUAAAUUAUUUAUUGUAAUUGUCUGUAAAUCUGCUUCGAUACAAAAAUAACUGAAACUUUUGUCAAUGUAAAUAAUUGUAAUAGAUAUUAAAUUAUCUAAAAAUUUGAUAGACAAAAAAACAUGUGGUUAGUUGGAUGACAAAGAUUACUUCAUUGAAGAGUAGCUUCUAGCUGAUUUAAUUUAUUGCAAAAGUAUGUGCAAAUCUUCAGCAAUGGAAAGUAAAGUCACAAGUAAAACAAGCAGUUUGAAAGCAUUGCUAUUGCGAGCUUGGCGUGAAAGAUGGAGUGACCUCCAAUGGGGUAUAAAUAUCAAAACUAUUUUGCCCAGAGGAGUAAGUGGUGAUGUGCACAAUUUAGCUGACUGCAUAUUGCAGCAAGCCUUAGUAGGUCCAGGGCCUAAUGAAUUAGUACUUUCUUAUCUCAAACAUUCCCUUUGUUCACAGUUGGUAUCUUACGCUGCUGUGUUGCAAAGGAUAAGUAAAUAUGAUGCUUUUCACAAGCCACAUUGUAUCGCGAGUUUGUUGGAAUUCUUAGAAAUGAUCCAUGUUGGAAUAACUUGUCGAGGAAAACCAGAAGAGGACCUUUUGGCAGCAGCAUGUCUUUCCAUUGUGCACUGGUUAUUACAAUGCUAUUAUUAUGCAUUGACCAAAGUACCUCAGGCACCUCCCUUGGCUCCUCAGCCUUCUGAACUAAUGGACAAGCCAGCAUAUCUUUUGAAAGAACUCCUAGCAUCAGAUUUUAUUUGUGCAAUGCUUUAUUCAGCCAAACAUGAUAAUAAAGACUUAUACAUUUACAUUGUCAAAAAGUGUCAGGAAAUUGAAAAAGAGCAACAAAAGAGCAAUACAAAGUGCUCAAUACCUAUAGAAGACUCUCUAAAGAAACUUUGUAAUUUAGAAAUUGAAAAUAUAGUGUCAAAGUUUGUAAAGGUUGAUGCUGAACCCAUUACGUAUUGUUUACAACCAUUGUUAGCAGUACAGAAUUUAGUUAAUCCAAGCACUGAAACUUCCAUUUACAUAAGUCAACUACACAUGAUUCAAAGACUUAAAAACUAUUCUAACGCAAGAUUGUAUUGUGAAGUUAUUCGCGCAUGUAUGAUGUGCUUACACGAUGUAACGGGCUCCCUGAAAGAAUCGCAUUGGGGUGGAUUUACUGUUUUAAAACUGCCACAAAUUCUCAAGGAGCUUCAUGCCAGUACAUUAAGUGGCGAAAACGAAAGUUUUGAAUAUUCUCAAGAUGUGCUGGAUGCUUUUGAACUGUUACUUCGAUACACUCCUCUUUUGGAUAAAAUGGACAUCAUCUGGGCUGGAAACAGCGUUCAAUUUUUACUGAACGAAUUACAAAAAGUAAAUUUAGUUACAGAAAAACAAACAAUACAAAUAAGCAGCAGAAGAGAUGGAUUAUUAACGCCAUUACAAAAGUUUGAUCCUGAAAAGUCAAUAAGGACUGUGAUAAUGCGCGCAGAACCAACUUUAGCUGGAUUUUUGAAGACCCUUAAUGCAGAAUAUACAAAAAUUCAGGAUGCUUUGUUAAGCAUUUUUUUCCAAGUAUUGUCAGGGAAUAGUUUUGAACUGAUGUUAUCGGUGGCAACUGUGGAAGGGAAAUUGAAAAUCUUUGUUUCGAGAUUAAUCAAAUUUAACGAGUUCAGUAAGCAAGUUGGUGAAGUGCCAGGAAAAACGCCGACAACUCGGGCUUUGCUUUUCGAAAUUUCGUUCCUCAUGCUGUGUUCUAUAGUUCAAACUUAUGGUCCCGAAAUUGUGUUAGAGGAAGGCGGCGACUCAUUUUUCGAGCAGUGGGUACGCGACUGCAUGCCCCUCAAAGACAAGCCAAAGUCUCCGUAUAAGAUGCUGCAAAAUCUUGAUACAACAAAGGUGGACAUGCUAUUGAGCCAGAUUACUUCGGGCGAUUCGGAUCUGAAAUCAAGCAACACUAACUGGCAAGUGUCUUGUCAGUCGGCUAUGGGCGUCGCUAAGGAGUUGCUUUAUGCUUGGGAGAGUGGCGUCUUGAGUGCUGCGGACGUCAAAAGAGCACUCAACGGAUUACGCGCCGCCUCCUUUUGCCUUCCGGUUUGUGCAGCUGCUUGGCUGUGUGCAUAUAUGAGUAUCACUCACCAAGAAUCAUUACUUAAACCUGCGAACAUGGUACAGCAAUUCAUUUCGCCAAUUGCCAACGAUGAGAUGCAAGACAACUACAAAGAGAGGUCGAGUUUUAUGUUUCAAAUCAUACGUAAAAUGCAGUAUGAUUACAGCCUUCCGUCGCAAACGAAGACGAAAGUACUUACUGUAUCUCAUAGUAUAACAUCGAAAUACCCCAUUCUCGAACAACUACAACAAAUAUGGCAGGGAAUUUAUCAGCGUGGAUGGAUCAAUAUACAAGCGACACAGUCUCUAGAAUCUUUAUUAAAAACUGGAGGUCCUCUGUGGUUUGUUUCGAAUUUAGUCAAAGAAUUAUUGAAAAUUCAAUAUCAAGAAGAACUCGAUCGUUCUCUAGAUUUGAUAUUUGCAAUUCUACAUCUCGAUAUAGAAAAUUCUACUCUAGAUUUGAUAAAUAACGUUUUGCCACAAUAUUUGUACAACUCUUUGCAGGGAAAGAAGCUCAUUGAACCGCAAUCGUCAGCAUUAGCUAAGCUAUGCGUUUACUGUAUAUUUUCUAGUUUAGAAUAUAGUAACAAUAGUCCUCAACAAACAAAUAGCCGAAAACGAGCACGAAAAGAUAUAGACCCUGACGACAUGGACAUCGGUAUGCCUGCCGCCAAACUAUUAAGACUGAACGAAGCUAUUGACGCUAAUUCCAUGUUUAGUUCGAGUUCUCCACAAGCACAAGGAACGUCAAAUGGACAAAAGUCGAUUGUCUUGCGAGAUCCUUUACUCAGUGCAUUAAACGGACUGUUCACAAACUUUAACUUUUUGGCUGGUAGAAAUGGCGAAGUUUCACAGCAUACCCAUUUUAUACUACAAUUUCUACAAUUGACAGUCCUAUGUGGAAAAGAUAGAGCACGCCUUGUACUUCAAAAAAUGCCGCAAACACUGGUGCCAAGCUUGUUGAAAGCAUUACCUGAGUUCUUUACAACAGACUUAUUAUUACGAUUAUACGAUGUUCAAACGAUAAUGGGUCGCAAGGCAAUCGCUAGAGAUUUGUGUAUGCUACGUAACAUACAACUGAAACCUACGAAGUAAUGUGUUACAUUUUUUUUCUAUCAAAAGCUUUAUGCACAAUGACGCUGAAUGUAGAUAAUCUUAUAGACGAAUUAAACAAUUUCAUUUUGUA